UCCUUAUUCCCUUUCUUUCCGUUAUUCGCCGCUUCUUUUUCUCUCCUCUCCUGGUUGAGAGCCAUCCUGUUCUUCUACCUUCGAACACCUCCACCAUUUGGUCCGUCGCGCUGUCAAAAUCGCGACUGGUCCAGCGGUCUUUUUUCCUCUUGGUCCCCGGUAGCGCGCGGUUCAACGCGAGGACUGUUUCCGCAUAACUAUCGGUCUUCGUUGAUCAUCAUGAGACGCAGCGAGACGUCGUGCGCCGCUUGAGAGUGUAUCCGAGGCGUGUGUUGACGCACCGUGAGAAAAACGUGCACAACCAACGCGCCAAAGUGAACGGCUGGUGCCCCUCCAUCGGUGAGCCACGGCCGGUGCGCGUUUCCCCCGCGCGGGGCGCAUCGUACCCCAUUUCCGUGAUUUCCACCCCUCGGAGGAUGUAAACGCGGGUAAUCUCGUCGGACGGGCUCUAUCCGCCCUCUUCGAGCCUCAAUGAGGAUCUAGGAUAGGCUUGCACCCUCGAAUUAUUGUUUCCCACUGUUAAUAUUAACGAAACCACCAUGAGUUCAAUCAAUUUGUCAAUGCUGUGGGCAUGGAACGCCGUGACGUCAUACUGACAGCAGUUUUCGGAACAGUUGGUGCUCUCGCAAUUCUAGUAGGACUUGCAUUCGCAAUGUGGCUCUAUCUACGCGCCAGGAAGUCCAAGCAACGGGACGACGAUCUCGAGGACCAAAACGAUAAUGGCGAUGGCUCGAGCCAGCAGCAGCAAUCCACCAAGAAAAAUGGUUUUCUCAAUCUGAAGACUCCUCUGAUCAGCACGAAGGCUCUUGGAGCGCAAUUGGAGACGACCGGUAGUCCCUCUAGCAAAUCUCCAGCAGGUAGCGGCCCCGCGAGCGGCGCGGCAGGAGCAACAGCGGCACCAGGAAGCGGCGCCAGCAAUGCCGGGAGCGCGGAACCCCGUACACCAACCGCCGGACCGCAGAACAAGCAGCUGCAGAAUGUCAAAGGAGAACACCCCUCGAAAGCGUUUCUACAAAGCAGGUCCAUCUCCUUGGUCGACAUGUACAUCGAUAAUUCGGAACCGAGCGAGAAUGUUGGUCAAAUCCACUUCAGUCUCGAGUACGACUUCCAGAACAGCACGCUCAUUCUGCGCAUCAUACAGGGCAAAGACCUGCCGGCGAAGGACUUGUCGGGUACUUCCGAUCCGUAUGUACGUGUGACGCUGCUCCCGGACAAGAAACACCGACUCGAGACAAAAAUCAAAAGGCGCACAUUGAAUCCGAGAUGGAACGAGACGUUCUACUUCGAAGGUUUCCCCAUACAGAAGCUGCAGAGCAGGGUAUUACAUCUACACGUCUUCGACUACGAUCGAUUCUCGAGGGACGACUCCAUAGGGGAAAUGUUUCUGCCGCUUUGCCAGGUCGAUCUAUCCGAGAAACCAUCGUUUUGGAAGGCACUUAAGCCGCCGGCUAAAGAUAAAUGUGGAGAACUCUUGUGCUCGCUGUGCUAUCAUCCGAGUAAUUCCAUAUUGACGUUGACUCUCUUGAAGGCGAGGAAUCUCAAAGCUAAGGAUAUCAAUGGAAAAUCAGAUCCGUACGUUAAAGUGUGGCUACAGUUCGGCGACAAAAGAAUCGAGAAACGCAAGACUCCUAUUUUUAAAUGCACCUUAAAUCCAGUAUUUAACGAGGUAUUCUCCUUUAAUGUACCUUGGGAGAAGAUCAGGGAAUGCUCUUUGGAUGUAAUGGUGAUGGAUUUCGACAACAUUGGACGAAACGAACUGAUCGGUCGGAUUCAGCUCGCAGGAAAAAAUGGAAGUGGCGCGAGCGAAACGAAACAUUGGCAGGACAUGAUCACAAAGCCGAGGCAGACCAUCGUGCAGUGGCAUCGCUUGAAGCCCGAAUAAAGGGACACACGCUCAUCUUGAUCGACGACAAAUGAUAUUCUGUCGGGCCCCCUCCUCCCUCCCACUCCCCCCCUCCCGGGGGUGGCGCGUCAAAGUUACGUUAACGAGACAACUCUCUUUUUUUCCUUCUCUUUCGCUCGACAUCCUCCACCCGCAACCGAUCUCGACGAGAGAGAAAGAGAGUAUAUCCGUACUCUUCGACGACUGUACAAUAUAACACUUAGCGACGCUGGUCGUCGGGGAACAGUGUGCCGACUACACACGUGUUCAACCACUGCGAUUAGGAAUCCGAGGCGGAUUAUCAGUCUCUCGCUGUCGUCGCACGCAACUGACGAGCAACGGCCGGCGAAAACGAAUCGUCGUUGUCGUUGGUACGACGGCGAGGACCUUCAGUCUCAAUUGUCAGGUUGCGUUUCGGGCGAGAGGAGGGAACAGCCAACUCGGCAAGAAUCGGUCAGCUACACCGGGCAUCGGGCACCGAGUUUCUCUUUACCUUCUCAUCCUCUUCUUUCUCCUCCUUCCCUGCCCUUCCCGACCUUCUUGUCCGCGUCCGCCUCAUUGCCGCCUGGCGCGGCGUUUGACGAAAAUGUAAUCGCGGGUAAAGUCGGUUGUCCUCACUUCAGGACCGAGCGAGUACACCUGGCGCGUCCACCUUCAAGCGACAUCCUAAGGACGUUCGGAGGACGUUCUAAGAACGUUUGUACGUUCCUUGAGGACGCUCCCGGGAUGUCCCCUCGGAUGAAGAGCACUGCGUAGGCAAUUACUCGCUUGAGGUCUCGUGCAAACAUCCGCGACGGACGUUUAACGUCUUCAGUCGCGUUUAAACGUAGGGACAACUUCCGUGUGAUCGUUUGAGCGAUCCACACACGCUCGGAACUGACGACAUUAGAGCCGAAGGGGCAAGCAGACGGACGAGUUAUACGCGUUGUUGUUGCGUUCUUCCGCGAGGGAAGAACGAUAUUUUUACGGAUUGUUCGCGUUAUAUUACGGUAACACGACACACUUGUUGAAACUCGUGGAUCGAAGAUUCACCGCGUGCGGCACGAAAUUUCGCUAUAUAGCGACGAUUCGAGAGAUUGGGAAAAGCGAUAAAACGAUCGGCAUGUUACGUAUUGCUCUUCUCUUUACUUGCCUCUCCCUCGACUGUUUAACUGGCGGGAAUUGUUCCGCGUCAGGAGGAUGGAACCUGGACUACAAAAGCCGACGAGCUUUCUUAAACAAUGAAUACUACUUCAACGCAAUGGCGUCGUUAUAAAUUUGCAUUUUAAGGCGUUUGUAUUUCUAUUAAACGUUAUUAUUAUGCAUUAAGAUGUAUUGCGUGAUCAGGAUGUAUCGAUAUCGCGAGACUUAUCGUUUAUAUAAUCGAAUUCAUCGUUAUAGGAGUUAAAAGUCCCGUACAAGAGAGACAUAUUGCAACAACUGACAAGCGAACACGCACGUCUGCUUUGUUUGAAUAUAAUUAGCUUGCAUUUUUGCAUCCUUAAAUUUGUACCUACGAAAAAGUUUCUGAAAGCGUGCACCUUUUUUCCUCUUGAAUUACAAUUUUUUAUUGACACGUUUUUUUAGGUACGACUGUUUAAAAAAAGUUACAGCUAAGGAUAAAUAAAUUAAAGGAAAAGAAAUAAAUAAAAGAGUUUUCUAAACUUUGUUCUUUUAGACACAAAAGAAAAAAUAAUCAUAAAGCGAUCUUAAUUUGAUAAUAUGGAUUUUACAAAAUUUUGAAAUUGAAAUGCUCAUCAUUAGCUUGUAUAAAACUUUACGCAAAUUUUCAGUCCUUUCUGCGCUACGUUAAACAAAUACAAAUUCUGAGGCUUUAGCUUUGACAUUUUCAUAUAAGCUUUCAUAUAGCUUUUAAAGGAUUUGAAUGCUAUUUGGAAUUCUGUAAAUCCGGAUAUUAUUUUCACUUAUUUAAAAGUAAAAUUACAUUUUAUGUUUUAACGUAAACAUUGGUUCAGACGUUUAAAAGGUUCCACAUACAUCGAUGUAAUAUUUUAUUACUUUUUUCAAAGUUUUGAAGAAUUUAAAGAACUAUCCAUCUUUUAAUUGUAAUUAUUUUAAAAUAAUUUUUAAAUUGCCUGUUAGCUGAAUAAAUGUGGUGUAGGUUCGCUGUGGUCGUACCUGAAAAGAUGUCAGAGAUAAAGUAGCCUUUGCAAUCGCAUCGAGACCUACAUCCAAUGUGGCUUUUAGGAUUACUUUGCUAACAAAGUUUUGAAACUGUACGCAACCUCAUCGGAACAACCCUGCCUAUAGUUGUGUACAGGCGAUCACUUUUAGAGGCAAUCCGAUUUUAGUGGAUUUUAGGAGAGUUAACUUUGGCUGCAAAUUACUUUGGCUCUACAUGCGACAUGUUUUUCUUUUGCCAUUUUCUCCGGAGAUACGUGCGAAGACUAGUUUUGACGUCUACGUACAAUUGUUAAAGUACCGAGUUCUCAUAGAAAAACUCGGAUGCUGGCAAAAAAAGAGUACAGGAUACUACAGUAGUUUCCAACGUUGAUGUUUGUGAUGUAGGAUGCUUUGAGACUGCGAACAAACGGGCAAACUAAUAAUUAAUAAAUCUGUUAUCUUACCAGAGCGCGCCCCUUCCAACAGGGAGGAAGCACUUCGAGAUAGUUCGUAGGAGGCAAGCGAUACCCACGUAGGGAUGGGCAUUAAUAAGUUCAGCCGAUUAUCACGGAUAAUCGGUCACGUUAGUCACAAAGUAUACUCAAAACACGCGAAAAUUUAACAGGCGUUCAAAAAAAAGGAUCUAACUUAAAUUAAAAAAAAAAUUAAAACAAAAUUACGAUAAGAUCAAGAUGACAUCAAGUAUUAUAGAAAAGUUAUUUUAUGAAAAAUUAUUAUAAUCUCAUUUGAUAUUUUUUUCGUUGACGAUAAUUUUUUCAAUAAAUUCUUGAUAAAUAUGAAAUGGCUUUAAAGUAAUUUUUUGAAAAUUAUUACACAAAAUUAUUAGUCAAAAGUGUAUUGAGUGAGAUUAUUAUAAUUUCUUUUAAAAUUACUGCUACUUGAUCUUAUUAUGAUUUUAUGUUUUGUCUGGGAAAUACUCGAAAGUUAAGUAAAUGAAAACGAUAAUUAAAGGUUCAUAGUUCUCGCGCAAUUAUUUUAUAUUCACGAAUUGCAACUGAAACAGUAGUUGAGCAGCAAUUGAACAUACGUUUGAUAUGUAGAUACCGCUAAGUUCAUUCAACGAAUUAACUUUGAUCACUUCUGAGUUGCUAUUCAACUAUUGAUUCUGCGGUAAUUCAUUCAGUACGUUUGGAGGAGUUUGAGGAAUUAUUUUUGCGCAACAUCAGUAAAUCCGAUUUUUUAACGCGUAACACGGAUUAAUUCAGAAUAAUAAUUUGUCAGCGAUCAGUCAGCUGUUUGCGGAGAAGAAAUCAGUAAGAAAUUAAUUUGCCGACACGAUCGAUCAGUUUUGCCCGUCCCUACCUUCCUUCCUUGUUAGUUACGCUUUUGGCUAGCGUUGCUCGCGAUUACCCCCGGGUAAAAACUCACACGAAUCUCCCGUUCGCGCGACUCCCGACUCAUUAUUAAAAAGCCCGAUUAAGGGAGAAAUAUUUUUGACGGCACUUUUGUAUUGAUAAAUCAGGGCGAUUCCUUGGAAGUAUUCACGCGCCGAAGCGCGAUCGGUGUACCUCACACACACGCAUACACACACACACACACGCGCACGCGCGCGCGCGCACACACACACACACACACACACACACACACACACACAUUGGGGGGGAAAAAGAAAAUAAUGUUACGUUAUACCUGAUAGUCUGCUGUUGUUAACAAUAAUAUAGAAACAUGAGUCAAAUUCACGCGCGAAUUUGCUCUGUACACUCGGAGAGUGUGCACCGUUAAU